UUCGUGCCCAGAGCUUUCAAGGUGAUAGAAUCAGCCUGCAGAGCCGUGAGGAUCUUUACCCUCUCAAGUAAAAUCUGCGUUGAAUUUUAUUCAUUUUUAGUAGUAAGCUCCUGAUUGAGUCAUGCUGCAAAGCUACCCAUAGAUGGUGGGAUGUCAAAGCCGCUGAAAAUGGCCACUAUUAAUGCAAGAAACCUCAUGGCUGCACUCGCCCCCCUUUGGCCCCAGGCUGUCCUCUGAAAGUGUCCUUGAGUUGAAAUCCCUCAGGCUCCAGGGGCGCUGUUUUGCAGCUGACCCUUUUAUUCUGGGCUCUGCAUAAAAGGAAGAGUGGAGAGCAUCAUAUUCUCCAAGCUGACUGCUAAUUAUGAAGCCAACUCCAGUGUGUGAGAUGUAACUAAUGCCACUUUGCAGAAAAGGCUGAGCACAAAUAGGCAUUUUAAGUUUUGACGCCACUUUUUUGAACAGCAGCAAAUCUUCGCCGACGACGCCCUUCUCUCCAACAGACUCAGACUCAGGCAGGCAGACCUCCACCGAGCCCAGUACAGACAAUGGAUUGGUUGUCGUCCUCCACCUCCAGCCUCAUGGCGAGCAGCAACGUCACCAACAAGACGGACCCUCGCUCCCUCAACUCCCGCGUCUUCAUCGGCAACCUCAACACCCUGCUGGUCACCAAGGCUGAUGUGGAAGCAAUCUUCUCCAAGUACGGCAAGGUGGUGGGCUGCUCCGUCCACAAGGGCUACGCCUUUGUCCAGUACUCCAAUGAGAGGAACGCCCGGGCCGCGGUGGCCGGAGAGGACGGACGUAUGAUCGUUGGACAGGUGCUAGAUAUCAACCUUGCAGGUGAGCCAAAACCUCACAGAUCAAAGACAGUGAAGCGAUCUGCAGGAGACAUGUACAGCUCAUCUAUUGAUCUGGACUACGACUUUCAGAGAGAUUACUAUGACAGGAUGUAUUCCUAUCAGUCCCGGGUGCCCCCUCCUCCUCCCCCUCUGUCCCGAGCAGUCAUUCCCUCCAAGCGCCCGCGGGUCAGCCUGAGCAGUGGGGGGAGCAGACGAACUAAAACCAGCUUCUCCUCCUCAAAGAGCAGCCAGAGAACAUCCCGUACCAUGAAGGCUGAUGAUCUGCAGACUAUAAAGAGAGAGCUGACGCAGAUCAAACACAAAGUGGACUACCUGCUGGAGAGCCUAGAGCGCAUGGAGAAGGAUCACAGCAAGAAGUCAGAGAUGAAGAGCGCCAAAACAGAACCAGGUGAGCUGUCCUCCCUCAACUCAUCCACCUCCAGCAAGAAAGACGAUGGCCUGAAACGGGACAGAGAGAGCCAGGACUCUGAGGAGGAGGGGGACCUGCUGGAGGACGAGGAGGAGAUGAAAAACAGAGGGCGAGACGAUGAUGAGGAAGGCGAGGAAGGGGAGCAGGAGGAAGGAGAGGAUGAUGGUGACAGCGCCAAUGGAGAGUCCUAAACACUACACAGGCAGACUGACGCACCAACCCUGAACCACAUGUGUAUGAUUGUAUUUCCAGACUCGUACACAAAGGUUACACUCAUAUCUGCUGCAUAUUUAUAUUCUAAGAAUUAAAGGAUAUUUGAUCUCUAACAAACACACACAAAAAUCAUUAAUCUAUAAAGAUAUAAUUUCCUCUGAA